AUGCGGGCCGAGUGGUGGUACCGCGGCGGCGGCGACUCUGUGACGGCGGUGCUGCUGGGGGACCGCGUGCGCCAGGCGGGCGGCAGCCUCUACUUCCGGCAGGUGGCGCUGGCCGACGCCGGCCGCUACACCUGCCUCGUCAACAACUCCGUGGGCAUGCAGCGCGCGCUCACCACUCUGGUCGUCACAGCCCCGCUUUCGGCACACGUGACCCCGCAGCAGCAGACGGUAUCCCUGGGACAGCCUGCCAACCUCAGCUGCACCACCGAGGGCCAUCCCCAGCUGGCCGUCUCCUGGCUCAAGGACGGACGACCCCUCAAGGUCUCGCAGAGGGUGCAGCUGCUCACCGACAAGGUCCUUAAAAUCUCGUAUGUUGAACUCGAAGAUCGUGGCAUGUACCAGUGCAUAGUAUCCAACAAUGAUGACAACGCUCAAGGAACUGCUGAAAUCAGCCUCAGAGAGUGGCCGCCGGUGCUGGUGCGCACCUUCUCCGGCGCGACUGUGCGGCCGGGAGCGUCGUGGCGGGCCACGUGCGAGGCGGCGGGCUGGCCGCGGCCCCACCUCUCGUGGCUGCUGGACGGGGAGCCGCUGCCGGCGCAGCCUCCGGACGUAGAGGAAGAGGAGCCCAGCAGCAGCGCCGUGGUGGUGUCCACUGUGCGCGUGGAGCGCGCGCGGCCGCGCGACGCCGGCCUGUACGAGUGCGUGGCGGCCAGCGCGGCGGGCAGCGCGUCGCACCGCGCCCGCCUGCACGUCGCCGGGCCGCCGCACGUCCGGCCCAUGGCCGACCGGCGCGUCGCCGCCGGCGCCACGGCGCACUUCACCUGCCGCGUCGCAGGCUUCCCCGUCACGCAGAUCCGCUGGGAGCGCGACGGUAAGUCUCUGCCGCAGAAUGAGAGACAACAGGUGUUCCCAAACGGUACUUUGGUAAUCAAAGAGGCGGACGAGCAGGACUCCGGGGGCUACGUCUGUGUCGCCUCGAACCCUGAUGGUCUCACCUCCAGGAGCAAACUCAACGUCCAGGUUAUGGAACCACCAGAGAUACAUCCGUUUACGGUGAAGCCAAACUUGCAGCGUGGCAUGAGGAUCCACCUGACCUGCGUGGUUAUCAGAGGGGACUUCCCCAUCACGUUCCACUGGCUGAAGGACGGGGCGGACCUGCCGCAAGACAGUGGCAUCACGGAGAAGACACUGGACGAGUACUCGAGCACUCUGGCCAUUAGCCGGCUGGCGGCCCACCACUCCGGUAACUACACGUGCACCGCGGCCAACGCCGUCGCCACCGCCAGGCACACAGCAGAGGUCGUCGUCAGCGUGCCACCUUCGUGGAAAACUGAACCCCAGGAUGCAGAGGCAGUAGAAGGCGAGAACCUGACCAUUCCAUGCUCCGCUUCCGGUACUCCAACACCGAAGAUAUCAUGGAAGAGACGGGACGCAGAGAGCUCAGCUGCAGGAACCGAGGAAAUGCAUACGUCCGUGAACUAUGGGGUUCUAGAAAACGGCAGCUUGUGGAUCGCGAACGUGACGGCAGAGCACGCGGGCAUCUACGCCUGUGAGGCCUCCACCGACGCCAGCUCAACUCUCAGCAAGACCGUCCGCCUCACAGUGCACCUGCCUGCCCGGCUGUCGGCGACGGCGGCCAACGUGACGGUGGCGUCGGGCGGCGAGGCGACGCUGCUGUGCGCGGCGAGCGGCGACGCGCCCGUGUCGGUGCAGUGGCUCCGCGACGGGUCGCCGUUCGACGCCCGGCGGCAGCCGCGCUGGGCGCUGUCCGAGCAGCCGCUGCAGGCGGGCCUGCGCUCCGCGCUCACGCUCACCGGCGCGCGCCGACACGACUCGGCCGGCUUCGAGUGCCGCGCCUCCAACCGCUACGGCAGCGACCUGCGCCGGAUGCGCCUCGUCGUCCAGGAGCCGCCGGAAGUUCCGGCGGGGCUCACCGUGCUCGCCGUCUCCAGCAGGGCGGCCAACCUCACCUGGCAGCAGCCCUACGACGGCAACAGCCCCAUACUUGAGUACAUCGUCCAGUACAAGACCGGCAACGGGUCGUGGCAGCAGGGAGUGUCGCAGGUGUCCACCCCUGGCGGGCGCACAUGGGCCUCGGUGACUGGCCUGUUGCCCGGCCGGCGCUAUGAGGUGCGCGUGCUGGCUCGCAACAUUCUAGGGCUGUCCAAGGCACCGCCCACGCCAGGAGUGGCGCUGGACACGGCGCAGGAACCUCCAGGAGCGCCGCCCACGCACCUCUCCGUCCUUCCGCAAGAUUCCCAGACGCUGCUUGUAGAAUGGAAGCCGCCAGACGGCGACCGGCACGGCGACGUGCUGGGCUACCGCGUCGAGUUCUGGCAGGUGGAGGCGCUGCGGCUGGCGGCGCUGCGCAAGGCCACGCAGUACGCGGUGCGCGUGCGCGCCUACAACGCCGCGGGGGACGGGCCGCCGGGCACAGAGGUGCUCGCCGCCACUGCCGAGGACGUGCCUGAGGCGGCGCCGCUAGGUGUGCAGUGCGUGGCGGCGUCCCCGCAGAGCCUGCUGGUGGAGUGGGAGCCGCCGCCCGAGAACAAGCUGAACGGCCGCCUCCUGGGCUACCGCCUCUUCUACAGGCCGCUCGCCGAGUGGGACGACGUGUCGGCUCCCUCGGAGAUCUCUACGCAGGACACGAAGCUGGAGGUGACGGGCCUGCUGCGCUUCUGCAACUACAGCCUGGAGGUGCGCGCCUAUACCGCUGCCGGCGACGGCGUGCCCAGCGAGCCCGUCUUCUGCAGGACCUGGGAGGACGUUCCUAGUCCACCAGACGACAUUAAAGCGGUUGUAAUGGACACUAGGACAAUCCUUCUUUCAUGGAAACCGCCGACAUUUCCGAAUGGGGUUAUUAGAAAGUACAAGAUAUACAUUCGGUCACUUGAUGGAGCCGCUUUGCACCGGGACGAGUUCGAGGCGCCGGCGGGCCAGACUCACUACGGGCUGUCGCACCUGGCGCCGCUGCACCGCUACGAGAUGAGGGUGACGGCCGCCACAGCGGCAGGGGAGGGCGCCCCCAGCCGGCCCGUCGUGCAGGCGCCCUCGGACCAGGUACCGGCGCGUGUCGCGUCCUUUGGUGGUGUGGUGCACGCGGCGCGCGGCUCCCGCCUCAGCCUGCCCUGCCUCAUCGUGGGCCGACCUCGGCCCGCCAUCGUCUGGACUCACGGGUAA